AACAAUGUACCACAACUAGGGCUGUCCUAUCAUUUCGUUCUACAUCUUACCUUCGCUGUUACUGGAUACCACCUCUCAUAUCUGCGAAUUAGAGAAGUUCAGCGACAGCUUUAUAAAUCUUUGGCCGAAUGCCACGUUUCGAUUACACUGACUGAAUUAUCCAAACCGCUGUCAAAAUCUGACAGCGGUAUUUGCGGACGCCUCUACGUAUCUUCCGCCCCUGUGUGCUACUGCAUUUUCGCCACUGGCUCAAUCGGCCCUGAAGAUUUACUCUUCUGUUAUUCUACUGAUGAAAAAUGCAUUGGAUGUCGCUGA